AUGAAGCCUCUUGAUGUGAAGAACUGUGUGGACUUCACUAACUCGACUCUGCCCCUGAAGAAGAUUCCCUGCAAAGCCAGUGCACCCUCAGGCUCCUUUUUUGCCCGAGACAACACAGCCAAUUUCUUAUCCUGGUGCCGAGACUUGGGGGUGGACGAAACCUGUCUUUUUGAAUCUGAAGGCCUGGUUCUGCACAAGCAGCCCCGAGAAGUGUGUCUCUGUUUACUAGAGCUUGGCCGGAUUGCAGCCAGGUAUGGUGUGGAGCCUCCUGGUCUGAUAAAGCUGGAAAAAGAAAUUGAACAAGAAGAGACCCUGUCUGCCCCGUCUCCUUCACCUUCUCCUUCAUCCAAGUCUUCAGGAAAGAAGAGCACUGGGAACCUGCUGGACGACGCAGUAAAAAGAAUCUCUGAAGAUCCUCCCUGCAAGUGCCCAACUAAGUUCUGUGUGGAGCGACUCUCUCAAGGUCGAUACCGAGUGGGAGAGAAGAUCCUCUUCAUCAGGGGUCUUCAUGGUUGUGCCUAUGUCUCCACAGCCAAAGCAAAGCAGACACUGAAGAUGCUGCAUAACAAGCAUGUGAUGGUCCGUGUGGGCGGAGGCUGGGAGACCUUCGCAGGCUAUCUGCUCAAGCAUGACCCCUGUCGCAUGCUGCAGAUCUCUCGUGUGGAUGGCAAGACGUCCCCUGUCCAGAGCAAAUCCCCAACCCUCAAGGACAUGAAUCCAGAUAACUACCUGGUGGUCUCUGCCAGCUACAAGGCUAAGAAGGAGAUUAAAUGAAGCUGGUCUCUGAAAGGAGACUCAUGUGAUGGCCUGUGUCUGUUCUAUAGUGUAGCCAGUGUAGUUCACAUGCUCUGAGAACCACGCGUCAGCAGGCAGGAAAAGGUUCUAAAGGUAGCACUAUUUAUUUUUAAUGCAUCUGUAGAACUUCACCUAAGGGGAAAAAUUCUAAACUCAGAACAAAAUCAGACAACUUGUAAGCAAAUCAUUAUUUCUCAAUAUGUGAACAUAGUAUUUAGAACAAACCUUAUUAGGAACCCAGUUCUAGGUACAGCCAUUGGAGGAGAACAUGCCCAGGAGACUGUAUUUAGCAUGUAUGAAAAGGUCAACAGGAAGUGCCUGCUGUAUGUCUAUGAGCUAAAGCACCCCAGACACUUUUAUAAUGGCGGAGUUUUAUAGCUAUUUUUUACAAUGACAAUAUGAUAAUGUGCUACUAAAAUUGUCUGACAGCACUAUACAGUACAGAAUCUUCACAGCCAUACUUAACUGGAAAGGCCGCUUCAGAGAUGUUUACAUUCACUUGGAAGAUUGCCUUAAAGCUCAUCUCUGAUCCCUGACCAAACCAACCUCUGGGGUACUUUCAGAUGUUGCCUGAGCAGCCCUUUAGGAAUAGCAGGUACCUUUCACACACCUUACACAUGUGUGCACGCAUGCACACACACAGUAGCUAUGUUUAGGAUGAUCACUUAGUGAAAUUCACAUGCAUGAGCUACAUGUACGUGGCACACGUUCAUGUUUGGACGUACAAAUGGCAAAGGUUCAUCAACUUUGUGAUUCUGUUCAUCCCCAAGCAUUUUCUUAUUAAAAUGUCUUAGUUAGUCCUAUUCUUCUAUGCUGUCUCAUGAAGUAAAUUCACUAUAGUGAAUGAUGUUACAGACUUGUAUACCCAGGACAGGGCUGUUUUGUACCAAUGAACAGCAAGAUAUUGUCCACAUUAAGAUUAAAAACAAAAAAUUAAAAAAAAACUCACACAUUAUCUGUUUCUGUAUCAGUGCUUCAACCUAAAAUAAAAGUUAAUCUUCAAACUACUAAUUUCCUAGCAAAUAUGAGGAGUGUCAAGUCAUGGUUGUGUAGAAUGUCUUCACCUGGGGAAGGCUAAUGGAAGCAGUGUUUGUUUUCAGUAGCAGCGAGUGUGGACUUGACCAUGGGAAGGACCUUACGUGCCUGUGGUAGUUUGAAUGUAAUGCCCCCAUAAACCCAAAGAGAGUGGCACUAUUAGGUGGUGUGGCCUUGUUGGAGGAGGUGUGUCACUGUGGAGGUGGGCUCUGCUGUCUCAGAUCACUUCCUGUUGUCUGCAAGAUAUAGUACUCUCAGCUACCUCUCCAGCACCAUCUCUUCCUGCACCCUGGCAUGUUCCACCAUGAUGAUAAUGAACUGAACCUCUGAACUAUAGCCAAGCCAUCUCUUAUUAAAUGUUCUCCUUUAUAAGAGUUGCUCUGUGUGGGUGGGGAGAGUUGUCCCCACCAUCAUCAGUGCCCGAGAAGAUGGGAGAGCAGCCCCUGUACCUUGCCAGGGCAGCACAAUAGAGCCAGCCCUGAAGUGUGAGCAA